AUGACCUGCUUUAUAGACAAAAUCUUUUCAGUUCACUACUUUCACACCUCGGAGCGUAGGAGUCAAGUUAUAUCUUCGUUGUACUUCAUACGCGACAAAAUUUUCUAAAAAGAUAACUGAGUAUUAGUAAGGUCUAACAGAAGUCUUCGUCAUGGAAGUUGAAAAAGGAACAGCUAAGAGAGCAGGGAUAUGUGGUAUCAUCUUGAUGAUUUGUGGUGUCGCGAGCACGAUUUCAGGAUUCAUUUGGAUCUCAAUUCAUGGUUUCGGAGGCUUUGGCGUAUGGUCUGGCAUCGGUCUUGUGAUUGCCGGGAUUUUGGGCCUCCUCACCUGGUGGAAACGCCACAAAAGACUGUUGAAUGGCUUCCUUGUCAUAACUAUCAUCAUGGUUAUUGUUGCGACAUCUCAGGCUAUUGCCUCUGGAGUGUUUUAUGUAGUGUUCAAAGGACAUCAGUGUUACGAUUCUGGGAGUAGUUGUGUCUGUGGAAGUGAGACUUAUGAAAGGUCAUUCUGUAACAACUUGAACGACCUUAUUAUUGAACUUCUCACCAUCACAAUCUGCAAUGCCGUUGGUGCCGUCUCUAGCUUGGCUGGAUCGAUCUUCGGCUGCAUGGGAACUUGUUGUGCAUAGUUAUGCUUAUCCUCUACAAGCAUGUGGUGCUCCACCGCAAUAUACAGAGAAAUAUUAAGCAAUGACUAAUCUGCUUUAACAAAUAGUAGUCACACGGUAGUCUAGUCAGCGGUAGGAAUAAUCGCGGGUUAACCUAGCUUUUUGCGUAAAAUGUCGUAAUGAUAAUUUGUAUCUUAGGCCGGGGCCGGACAUUAAUUAGAGAGAGGGGAAGGGCUGGUGCAUUUUAAUUUUGAUCCGCAUGUUAUUAAAUAUCCUUGAUUCCUCUUUCCUGCUGCUAUCAUCAGUUUGAUAGACCCCUAAAUUCUGAUUGGAAA